UAUAAUUAUUGGUGCCUCACUUAAGAUCACAUCUCCAGAAGAUGGCCAAAAUAGGCACUAGGUUGCCUGGUUUCUGCCUAAACAGAAUUAGGCCUCAUGCUAGAGUUCGUUCCCCUCUAGCACAAUCCAAGCCUGAGACUGUCAGUUCUGGUAAAGCAGAUACAAAAAUUGAGAGUCCUGGCAAUGUCAAAGAAGAAAAAUCUGGUGAUGGGGCGAAACCCGGGUUGGUAAUUAGCAGGAGAAUAAUGGUUGUGGUUGAUUCCAGCCUUGAAGCUAAGGGAGCUUUGCAGUGGGCAUUCUCUCAUACUGUUCAGAGCCAGGACACAGUAAUUCUUCUCUGUGUAACUAAGCCUUCUAAGCAAGGCACCAGUCAAGGUUCCAACAUGAAGACUGUUCCCAGGGCCUGUGAAUUUAUCGACUCUUUGAAAAAAAUGUGUCAGUCGAAGAAACCUGAGGUGGAACUUGAGGUUGCAGUUGUGGAAGGGAAGGACAAAGGACCUACAAUAGUGGAAGAAGCAAGAAAACAGGGGGUGUCAAUGCUGGUGUUAGGACAGAAGAAACGCUCCACGACAUGGCGUCUUCUGAUGAUGUGGGCAGGCAACCGGGUCGCCGGGGGAGUGGUGGAGUACUGCAUCCAAAAUGCAGAUUGCAUGGCAAUUGCAGUGAGGAGGAAAAGUAAGAAGCUUGGAGGGUAUUUGAUCACCACCAAGCGUCAGAAAGAUUUCUGGCUCUUGGCUUAAGCGUUUAAGCUGUGCAUAUUAUAAGUGCAUAUUAAUUUGUCCU